AUGUCUUUCCAUUCCAGCACCAUCGAGUUGAAGGAUGACACCGUCAUCGUGGUGCUCGGUGCCUCUGGUGAUCUUGCCAAAAAGAAGACGUUCCCCGCACUUUUCGGCCUUUUCCGCAACAAAUUCCUCCCCAAGGAUAUUAAGAUCGUCGGAUAUGCGCGGACGAAGAUGGACCAUGACGAAUACCUCAAGCGCGUGCGCUCGUAUAUCAAGGUUCCCACAAAGGAGAUCGAGGAGCAAUUAGAUCAGUUCUGCCAGCUUUGCUCUUAUGUUUCUGGCCAAUACGACCAGGAUGACUCCUUCAUCAACCUCAACAAGCACCUCGAGGAGGUGGAGAAGGGUCGUCAAUCAAAGGAGCAGAACCGCGUCUUCUACAUGGCGCUCCCUCCCAGUGUUUUCAUCACCGUGUCAGAGCAAUUGAAGCGCAACUGCUACCCCAAGUCCGGUCUCGCUCGCAUUAUCGUCGAGAAGCCCUUCGGCAAGGAUCUUCAGAGCUCGCGCGAUCUCCAGAAGGCUCUGGACCCUAACUGGAAGGAAGAGGAGAUCUUCCGUAUCGAUCACUACCUCGGUAAGGAGAUGGUCAAGAAUAUUCUCAUUCUGCGGUUCGGCAAUGAGUUCUUCAACGCGACAUGGAACCGUCACCACAUCGAUAACGUUCAGAUCACAUUCAAGGAGCCUUUCGGCACUGAGGGCCGUGGUGGUUACUUCGACGAGUUCGGUAUCAUCCGUGAUGUCAUGCAGAACCACCUGCUGCAGGUGCUGACCCUGCUCGCUAUGGAGCGCCCCAUUUCCUUCUCCUCGGAGGAUAUCCGUGACGAGAAGGUCCGUGUUCUGCGCGCGAUGGAUGCCAUCGAGCCCAAGAACGUGAUCAUUGGACAGUACGGCCGCUCGCUCGACGGCAGCAAGCCCGGUUACCUCGAAGACGACACCGUGCCCAAGGAGUCGCGCUGCCCCACCUUCUGCGCCCUGGUCGCCUACAUUAAGAACGAGCGUUGGGACGGCGUUCCCUUCAUCCUGAAGGCCGGCAAGGCCCUCAACGAGCAGAAGACUGAGGUUCGCAUCCAGUUCAAGGAUGUGACCUCUGGAAUCUUCAAGGACAUUCCACGCAACGAGCUGGUCAUCCGUGUCCAGCCCAACGAGUCCGUCUACAUCAAGAUGAACUCCAAGCUGCCCGGUCUGUCCAUGCAGACGGUGGUGACCGAGCUGGACUUGACCUACCGCCGCCGCUUCUCCGACCUCAAGAUCCCCGAGGCCUACGAGUCCUUGAUCUUGGACGCCUUCAAGGGCGACCACUCCAACUUUGUGCGUGAUGACGAGUUGGACGCCUCCUGGCGCAUCUUCACCCCUCUCCUGCACUACCUGGACGACAACAAGGAGAUCAUCCCCAUGGAGUACCCAUACGGCUCCCGUGGCCCCGCCGUCCUCGACGACUUCACUGCCUCCUACGGUUACAAGUUCAGCGACGCCGCUGGCUACCAGUGGCCAGUGACUACAUCUGCCCCGAACCGCCUGUAG